AUGGGGUCAUGGGAUAAUAAGAUCCUGGGCUUCCUCCUCGGUGGACGUGAAUCUAAACGGCCGAGGCUCUUGGAGCUAAGAUCGGCAAGAUGGUUCAUCCUAUUUACGGUCUCUUUUGCCGCAUGCACGGAUAUCUUUAUGUAUGGACUGAUUGUACCUGUCACACCUACGGCCUUGGAGCACAGAGUUGGCUUUCCGGCAGAUAAGAUUCAAACAUGGACAUCAGUCUUGCUAGCUUUGUACUCUGCUGCACUGCUUGCCUUUUCUCCUAUCAUCGGUUACCUCGCUGAUAGAGCCGGAUCUCGAAGAUGGCCAUUCCUCGUUGGCCUUGUUCUUCUCGCUGCCGCGACUGCGCUACUAUGUAUCGGAACCAACAUCGGUCUUUGGAUUGCUGGGCGCCUGUUUCAAGGUGCCGCGGCAGCCGUUGUCUGGACUGUCGGCAUUGCAUUGCUGGUAGACACUGUUGGAAAAGAAGGGUUGGGCCAGGCUAUUGGAUAUGUGUCCAUGUCUCUAAGCAUUGGGACACUAGCCGGUCCCCUUCUUGGUGGUGUCCUCUACCAACACGGUGGAUAUUAUUCUGUCUUUGGUCUUGCCUUUGGUUUAAUUGGUAUCGAUAUUCUCCUUCGGCUAGUGUUGAUCGAGAAGAAGCAUGCUGCUCGCUGGCUCAUGCCGGAGACGGAGACAAUGGCAUCAUCAUUAGAGCAGAACGAUAACAAGAUGACACCAGCACAGGAUGCAUCUGAUUCUUCUGCGAUUGAGAAUGGGCCGCCAUCUGAGAUGUCUGAAAAGAAGUCAACCCGAACUCGAAACCCUGUUGGACAGGCUAUCACUCUUUUGAGCUCUCCCCGUCUGAUCGUCUCGCUCUGGGGGUACUUCAUUGUAUCCUUGGUUCUAACCUCCUUCGAUAGUGUCCUUCCACUGUUUGUGCAGGAAACUUUUGGCUGGGAGCAGACUGGCCAAGGGUUAAUCUUUAUUCCGAUGAUGAUACCUCAUCUCAGCGACCCAAUAACCGGGUAUAUCAUCGACAAAUACCCAAAGUCUCCGCGAUAUCUUGCAACUGGAGCAUUCAUCGGUGCUGUUCCUGUUGCUGUUCUACUGCGCCUGGUGACUGACAACACGAUGCAUCAUAAAGUCGUCCUUUGUGUUUUGUUAGCCAUGCUCGGUCUAUGUCUGGCCGUUGCGAUGCCGCCUCUUGUCACAGAGGUGUUCCAUGCCGUUAAGGAAAAGGAAAACGAGUUCCCCGAUAUUUUUGGCCGCGGAGGUGCUAUGGCGCUUGCAUUCGGUCUGUCUAACAUGGGCUUUGCUGCGGGCAGUCUGAUCGGUCCGUUCUUCGCUGGCUUUAUCCGUGAGGAUGCUGGUUGGGGCACUAUGGGAUGGGCUAUGGCCAUCAUGACUGGUGUUUCUGCUAUCCCAAUUUUGCUAUUCAUUGGAGGCUUGAUUGGUAAGAAGCCAUCUCCUCCAAAUGAGUCCGAUCAACCGACACCAGAGUAG